AUGGCCAAAACUAGUUACCUUUGCGUCACCUGCGUUUAUGCACUCGGUCAUCCCCUCAAAAAUGAUGAGCCUGGACCGCACCACUUGACCCUUGACGCUAUCCGGCAAGCCGUAGAGGAGGGCUGCUACAUAUGCUCAGAAGUCUGGAAACUGGACGAGCAGGGUCUUGUUAUAAGGCGGGACAAAAACAAAGCUGUGGAUCAUGAGCAUGAUCUACCUGUAAAAUACACAACCUCCUACUUCGGCUGGGAUUACGGACUCAUUGGCCUUUACAUCGAGGAUGAUGACCUCAUGAUUCCCGGGGUUUUUCUCAUGCCCAAGAGACUGGCCGAGAAGGUCUAUGGACCCUUCCCUCUUUUGGAUGAGAAAACCUCUUCGCUGAGUAGCCUAACCCAAGCCUCUUUCUGGCUGGCAUCUUGCUGUGUCCGACAUCCACAAUGCAGCGCGCUAUCUAAACGUGAGCCAUGGCUCCCCACACGUUUGAUAGACGUUGGGUUAGAGGGUGAUGACUCUUGGAAGCUCCGUGUCGUUGCUGAAGACGGCGUGAAUUGGCCCGCCCCCUACAUCACCCUCAGUUAUCGUUGGGGAACAGAGCCAAGCAUCAUGCUCCUCAAGUCGAACAUGGACGAAUUUCGUCGUGAAAAGCCCAUCGCCGACCUUCCACAGACGUUCCAAGACCUCAUAACCGUUACACGACACUUCUCUCAUCGAUAUGUAUGGAUUGAUGCUCUCUGCAUAAUUCAAGACUCGUCCCAAGACUGGGUAUCAGAGUCUGUCGUAAUGCGAGACGUGUACGCAAAUUCGAUCUGCACUAUUGCUGCCGCGGCGUCUUCGGGCCCCGAGGGAGGAUUAUUCCGCUCACGACAGCCCGAACAAGCAUGUCCUGCGGUUGUAAACGUCGCUUAUGGGGACGAAGCUCCUGAGGACUUUUACAUCUGGAGCACAGAAUAUUGGCAGAGACACUUUGACAGAAGUGAACUACACACAAGGGGAUGGAUCUUCCAAGAGCGCUUCCUGUCCCCGAGAGUUCUUUCCUUUGGACAUGAUCAAAUAAUGUGGGAGUGCAUGACGGACGACAAGUGCGAAGGGUUUCCGGGUGGUAUUCCAAAUCACGAAUCCGACAAGAGCAGUCAUGCACUUUCGAAACUGGUGGUUCCAAGACGAGACGAACAAUGGACUGUGUUCUCAGACUCGCUGUUUCUGACUUGGAAGGUCUUGGUUGAAGACUAUUCCAAACGCUCCCUAACUAAGCCUACGGAUAAGCUUGUGGCGUUUGCAGGGAUAGCAAAACUCUUCCAAGAGAAUACGGGCGACGAGUAUAUCGCCGGCCUCUGGAAGUCCAGGUUCGUCGAAACUCUCAACUGGAGAGUAACCACACCGGGGCCGGCCGCCGUUGACUAUCUGGCACCCUCAUGGUCUUGGGCAUCUGUGCAAAGUUCCAUCAAGAUAGAACAUAGACCAACAAUACGGGACAGAAUCAACCUCGUGUCUGUUAUGGCCAUUGAAACUAUAAAUCGAGAAGCGGAUCCCACAGUCGGAGUACGCUAUGGAUGCGUCAAAUUACAUGGGGCCUUGUUCCCAGCACAAUGGGACAGUCCACCCGAUUCUAUUCGCAUUCGCUCAGCACCUCACGUCGCAAAGGUUCAUCUGGAUACAUCUCCCGGAAAUUGGGAUGGAAAAGACAAUCUUUUUCUUCUUCCCAUCAUUUUGCACCCCUACGAUCAUCAAACAGAGCGUUGCUUCGUUGACUAUCUUAUCCUUGCAAGGCAUUCCACUGAAGCACCAGAUAUCUAUCAACGGAUUGGUCAUUGUCGAACUGAUCAAGACGUCGAGGGUUUUAAUCGAACUUUUAAAGCCGAGGACAUUGCCGAGGCAAUCUUUGAAGACGAGGAUUUUGACCAGGCAAUCUUUGGUGUUACAGCUCAGUUCUCGGACAUUAGUAUUGUGUGA